CAUUCUGUAGAAGCAGCGCAUAUGGCAAACGCUGAUCCCUUCUCAAUGUCUACGCUACUCAGUUCUUUACAACAUCUACCUUUCACCUUCGCAACAGAACCCAUGAUGACUCCGGCAGUUCCUCCUCCUCCACGUGGCAUCAUCUUCACCAUUCCUCAACCAAGAUACGACCCUAAGGAAUUCUUAACUCCUCAGUACCUGGAGUACUCUCGUUUGCAGUCGCUGUUCAACCUCAUGACUAGCAGCAAAGAAGAAGUUAACAUUGCUCCGUUCAAAGAGAUGAUCUCAAGGUUGUCCAGAAGAGAGCUCCAAGAGAUGGCGUAUUUGCUGACCUCAGAUCCCGACUACUUCUUGGCGAUCGCAAGAAACAAGAACGGCUCUCACCGCCUACAGAAACUCAUCGGAAAAUCAGGCGACGCGGACAAGUUGUUCUUCCUCGCGAUCUUGCGCCGCUUCCUCCACGUCAUGACAGAUAAGUACGCGUCCUACGUGGCGGUACGAGGAAUGCAAGUUUUUGACGACAAGAAGAAAGAGUUGAUGUACGAGCACAUUCUCCCCCACGCGCUUCGAGUGGCAUGUGACAAACACGGCUACAUCGCCCUCAACGAGGUAAUAACCGACUUGGACCAUCCUUUCUACAGAGACCAGCUCUUGGACAUUGUCGCGCUCAACGCUCUCUUGCUAAGCUACGAUGCUUAUGGGAACUAUGUGGUUCAACACGUGCUUACAUUGAAUGACUUGCGUUGCACGUAUAACAUUGCGGUUAGUCUCGUUGGCUAUUGCGUUGAGCUCUCGUUAGACAAGUGUGGAAGCUACAUCGUGGAGAAGCUUCUGGAGGCGGAGGAGUCGAUGGUUCUUGUGGUGGAAGAGCUUUUGGAGUGCGAAGGAGGCAGUUUGAUGAGGCUGGCGAGGAAUGAGUAUGGGAGUUUCGUGGUGAUCAAGGCACUGAGAGUCAUGCAGGAGAUGAAUAGGGUUGAUCUGUUUAGGGGUUUGGUGCAGAAGCUGAUGCCUUUUCGCCAUCUCUUGCGUAGGCCUUGUGGAAACACUACUAUAGCAGCAAUCAUUGAGUCGGUUUGUUAGUUCUGUGUCAAACUAGUUAAUUAUGUUUAUCUGUUUUAGGGUUUAGAUUUGGUUCAUGUACUUACUACGAUGCAUGCUUGAAAGUUGUCGAUUUUAUGGUUGGUUAGUGAGGUUUGUCACUAGUGAUGUAAACAGUUCACUUGCUUACUGAAAUCUAUGGUUUGACGACCAAAACAAGUUUUCAGUUAAUCAUGUUCCUC